AUGGCCACAGACAUAAAGAAAAAAGUUCUGGAAUGCCCUAUAUGUAUAGAGCAUAGGUGUUCAAACCCAAAGAAACCCUUGAGACCAAAUAAAAUACCCGAUAGGCCGUGGCAAAUUUGUGCUACAGAUCUCUUUCAUUGGAAUAAUUCAGAUUAUGUGUUAUUAGUUGAUGCUUACAGCAAGUACUUUGAAGUUAGUCAAAUCUCAAGUACAAAAUCUAGUACAGUCAUUAGCAAAUUGAAAAGCUUCUUUAGCAGACAUGGAAUACCUGAAGUACUAUACUCAGAUAAUGGCCCAUGUUACAGUGCAGAAAGUUUCCUACAGUUCGCAAAACUGUAUGAUUUUUCUCAUGUUACAUCAUCCCCAGGUCAUUCAUCAGGCAAUGGUUUGGCAGAAAUCAAUGUCAAAACUGUCAAAAAUCUGUUUACAAAAUCAAAACAAGCAGGAAAAGAUCCUUAUCUUGCGAUGCUGGAAUAUGGCAAUGCCCCAUUACCCUGUGGAAAAUCUCCAGCACAGCUGCUUAUGAGCAGACAGUUAAGGUCAACAUUGCCAUUAAUGUCAGAGCAACUUGAUCCCAAAGUUCUCCCACACAGGUUAUCAGAGACAGCAUGUUUAAUGCUGAACAAAGGUCAAAAUAUUAUAAUGACAGGUCAACUAAAACCCUCAAACCUCUAG